UGAAUAUAUCGUAUUUCCCAUAUUUGUGUGCAGAUUUAACCUCUUCGUUUUCAUAUAUUGUCACUAUUAAUGCCUAUAUGUAUAUAUUCACCCUUGUGGCAUAUAUGUGUAUGCACUAACAGUGUAAAUAUAUGAAAUAAGUGCACAAAUAGGUGCGCCUGAAGUCACAGUUGUUACCGUUGUCGUUGUUAAAGUCCGGUGUUGUAUCGGAGACUGUUUCGCCAACGAUUCAUAUCCCCCCUGCCUCAAACAAAACCCCAACAUGUCUUCGUCUCUAACCAAAACCGAACCGUAACCGUCACCCCAAUGAGGCAUCUCGGCGACGACGAACCGUAGCCUGCCAGGAGCUGUACGGAGCCCUGGACCCGUCACCGGAGAGGGCUGGAGGGGACAUACACUUCGACACAAGACACCCCUUAUCAAACAAGGGGUCCCUGCAGUUUGAGGACAAGUGGGAUCUGAUGCGGCCCAUCGUUCUCAAGCUGCUCAGACAGGAAGCCGUCACCAAGCAACAGUGGUUCGACUUGUUCUCAGAUGUCCAUGCUGUGUGUCUAUGGGAUGAUAAAGGACCCGCUAAAAUCCACCAAGCCCUCAAAGAAGACAUUCUAGACUUCAUCAAACAAGCACAAGCCCGGGUUCUGAGCCACCAGGACGACACAGCGCUGCUAAAGGCCUACAUCGUAGAGUGGAGGAAGUUCUUCACCCAGUGCGACAUCCUGCCCAAACCCUUCUGUCAGUUGGAGAUCACACUCAUGGGCAAACAGGGCAGCAACAAGAAAACAAACAUGGAGGACAGCAUCGUACGUAAGCUGAUGUUGGACACGUGGAACGAGUCAAUCUUUUCCAACAUCAAGAGUCGCCUGCAGGACAGCGCCAUGAAGCUGGUCCACGCCGAGAGGCAGGGGGAGGCCUUUGACUCCCAGCUCGUUAUAGGAGUACGAGAGUCGUACGUGAAUCUGUGUUCCAACCCAGAAGACAAGCUGCAGAUCUACAGAGAUAACUUUGAGAAAGCCUACCUGGACUCCACAGAGAGGUUUUACAGAACACAAGCACCGUCCUACCUGCAACAGAACGGCGUACAGAACUACAUGAAAUAUGCAGACGCAAAACUGAGAGAAGAGGAGAAGAGAGCACUGAGAUAUCUAGAGACACGUCGUGAAUGUAACUCUGUUCAAGCACUUAUGGAGUGUUGUGUGAACGCUCUGGUGACCUCAUUCAAAGAGACCCUCCUAGUUGAAAGUCCAGGCAUGAUUAAACGAAACGAGACAGACAAGUUGCAGCUGAUGUUUUCACUGAUGGACAAGGUUCCCAGCGGGAUCGAGCCCAUGCUGAAAGACCUGGAGGAACACAUCGUCAAUGCUGGACUAGCAGACAUGGUGGCUGCUGCCGAGACUAUCACUACCGACUCUGAGAAGUACGUGGAGCAGUUGUUGACUUUGUUUAACCGCUUCAGUAAGCUGGUAAAGGAGGCCUUCCAGGACGACCCUCGCUUCCUCACGGCAAGAGAUAAGGCUUACAAGGCUGUUGUCAAUGACGCCACAAUCUUCAAACUGGAACUGCCAACGAAACAGAAAGGUGUGGGGAUGAAGACUCAGCCGGAGUCAAAGUGUCCUGAGCUGCUGGCAAACUACUGUGACAUGCUGCUGAGGAAAACUACUCUCAGCAAGAAACUCACCUCGGAGGAAAUCGAGCUCAAACUCAAAGAAGUGCUCUUGGUGUUGAAGUACGUCCAGAAUAAAGACGUGUUCAUGCGUUACCACAAAGCACAUCUGACCAGGCGUCUGAUUCUGGACAUUUCAGCCGACAGCGAGAUUGAAGAGAACAUGGUGGAGUGGCUGAGAGAAGUAGGAAUGCCUGCUGAUUAUGUGAACAAGCUGGCAAGAAUGUUUCAGGACAUCAAGGUCUCAGAGGAUCUCAAUCAAGUCUUCAAAGAGAUGCACAAACACAACAAGCUGGCACUGCCAGCAGACAGUGUGAACAUUAAGAUCCUGAACGCUGGAGCGUGGUCACGAAGCAGUGAGAAGGUCUUUGUCUCACUGCCCACGGAGCUGGAGGACCUGAUCCCUGAGGUGGAAGACUUCUACAAGAGGAAUCACAGCGGUCGCAAACUCCACUGGCAUCACCUCAUGUCCAACGGCAUUAUCACCUUUAAAAACGAGGUGGGGCAUUACGACCUGGAGGUUACGACGUUCCAGCUGGCCGUGUUGUUCGCCUGGAACCAGAGACCCAGAGAGAGAAUCAGCUUCGAUAACCUCAAGCUGGCCACAGAGCUGCCUGACGCAGAACUACGCCGGACACUCUGGUCUCUAGUGGCCUUCCCCAAGCUGAAGAGACAAGUGUUGUCUUAUGACCCUCCUGUUAGCUCGCCCAAAGACUUCACGGACAGCACGAUCUUCUACGUCAACCAGGAGUUCUCAAUCAUCAAAAACUCCAAAGUCCAGAAGCGGGGAAAGAUCAAUCUGAUUGGUCGGCUGCAGCUGACAACAGAGCGAAUGAGAGAGGAGGAGAAUGAAGGAAUCGUUCAGCUCAGAGUACUCAGAACUCAGGAGGCCAUCAUCCAAAUCAUGAAGAUGAGGAAGAGAAUCAGCAACGCCCAGCUACAGACGGAGCUGGUGGAGAUCCUGAAGAACAUGUUUCUGCCUCAGAAGAAGAUGAUCAAGGAGCAGAUUGAGUGGCUCAUCGAACACAAGUACAUAAAGAGGGACGAGGCAGACCUCAACACCUUCCUCUACAUGGCCUAGGCAGCGAGAGAUAGUUUCUUGCUCUGUUUUAUUUUACUCCUGUUCUGCAACUGGCGCUUUAAAACCCUGCGAGAGGAGAAGGAACAAAAGGAUGUGUGUUGAAGGAUGAGGAAGAGCAUUUUCAACAAAAGUAUUUUUUUGGUGUUUGUGAGACGCCAGUGUGUUAUCGAGGUGAGGGUCGAUUCAUCGGACUGUCUGUCCCGCUGCCCUCUAGUGUCGAUCAGAGGAGAGGGACGCCGCCUGCCAGCAGCUGAGAUGAAAAGAAAUAGACAUUAUUAAAUUAAAUACUUCCUGCCUUACUUUGUCAGCGAUGGCCUGCAGAGGAGGAGCUGUGAGGAGGGACGGGAGGACAAAUGUAACGAGCUGAUAUCAAUCCUUCGCUUUCACUAAAUGACAUAGGUGCACAUCUUAGCGGCAGCCAUUUUGCAUCCCUCCUAUUCUAAAUUUGUCUUAUUUUUUGAACUGGGAAUGCAAAAAAAAAGCUGCAGGUGAAAGCUGAAAGCAUUGAGGAGGAACGGACACGUAGAGAGAGAUGAGUUAAAACUACCGAGGAGUAUUUUGCCAAAGUGUGUGUGUGUGUGUGUGUGUGUGUGUGUGUGUGUGUGUGUGUGUGUGUGUGUGUGUGUGUGUGUGUGUGUGUGUGUGUGUGUGUGUGUGUGUGUGUGUGUGUGUGUGUGUGUGUGUGUGUGUGUGUGUGUGUGUGUGUGUGUGUGUGUGUGUGCUUUCAACAGCAUGCUGCUCUAUGAUUUGUUUUUGAAGGAUCUGUCACACUUUGUGUCUGUGUCUGAGAACGUUGGGAAAUCAAGACCAGCCACCAUUUAAAUGCUGAUGUUUAGUUUUUUCUGCGAGGCUGUACUGAAUAAUACAUUUACGAGAAAAACACUCACAAAUUUUAGAGAACAAUUGUUAUUGGCAGACAACCACAACGCUGACGCAUGCUCAAAGGGGAUACGUCGCCACAUACAGGCGACCAAAUGAAACUGAACCGUUACUUUAAAUAAAAGUGAAUAUUUCUCUGGGUUUAAAGAUUGUUGGACACAUUUGGGAUAAUGUAAGAACACAGCUCAACAAAAUAUAUAACAGUUCUAUUCCUUUUUAACAUUUUAAUGUGGAAAAUGUUAUAUCGUUAACGUCACGGUUUUUUUGUUUUUGUAUUUUGCUUCACAGAGAGUUGACAAGUGUUGUUUGUGUGUGUCCUCCACUUUCCAAAAGAAAUUUGAAUAGCACAUUUGUUAAAGCAACUGAAUUACUGUAGUCACAGCGACAUCGUGUGGACUUUCACACGAUGUCCCUGCGUUCUUGCUGCUGCUCAGACAUUUAAUAUAUUUUGGGUUUUAAAUAAUUCCUACAGCAGCUCCUCACAUGUUCAGGGUGAAUACAGGGUCUGCUGCAGAAACUAUAAUGCAAUGAAUCAAAGGAAAACAAGCUGCUGAGUCUAAACAAGAUUAUCAGUUGAGAACAAAUCAGCGCUUUAUUCUGCAUGUCAAAAACACUGCAUUUAAAAAAAAUGAGGCUUCAUCCAUUUCAAAUAAUUUGUCACACAUGUACUGCUACCAGUUAACCCGGUGAAGUUAUUCUGUUCUGCUCUGAUUUAGAAUUUCCUGUAGAACUGAACAUGAGAGCAGCGAGGAAAAGGAAAGACAACAGUGAAUGUGUGGGAUUCAUUUCUUUUAUAUGUAUUCUAUAUUUAUGAAGAAUGUUACUUUCUCGGUCAUUUGAAAUGUUUUGUUUUUGGAAAGAUGUAAAUUCAUAGAGCUGACACAGUAUUUAUUAACUCUCUCCUGUGUUUCAAUUUAACUUUAAAGAAAAGAAAAAACAGCCUAAUUUAAUUCACUUUACACUUUUAAUUAUGAUUAAUUUUGUCCAAAUGCUGAAAUAGCUUUUCACUUCCUGUGACUACAAGACCCGGAUGUUGGUAAUAAUCCCAUAUGCAUUUGACACACUUCAAAGCCAAAAGAGUUGUCUUUUUAUUAUCAACUCUUUUCUGAAUGCUUUUUUGUUUAGUUUCAUUUGUUUUGCUAAAUAUCUGCCUUUUACCUGAGAUGAAACAAACCCCCCAAGUCAAUCACAUUAUGCAGGUUUAUUCUCUAUGCACAGACGCGGCUCAGUUUUGCAGAUGAUGUCCUGUUUUUAAACUUUAAACAUCCUCGAGUCCAUGAAGCACAGUGAAAUGAGAAAGUUUGGACUUUUUGAAUGUCAGUAAUUCAUCUUAUUUAACAGCUUCAAACGGAUAGUUUGGAUGUUGUGAAGUGGGUUGUGUGAGGUACUUAUCCAUAGUCAUGUAUUUCCCUACAUGGUAUGUCCAGUUUGAACAAACAGACAGGAGCACCAACACAGGAGCUAAGUGAUGUGCUGCUGUGGACGGGGGCAGCAGCAAAACAUAUUUUAGCCACCUUUAAAAAAUCAAUAUCAGUUUGAGUUUACUCUAUACUUAAAAUAUCUUCACCGCUUUACCUUAUCUUGGAAGUUGUUAUCUACGCCGUCUUAAACGUCACUUGGGUUAGUUCCGAUUCACCAAAGUGGUACAGUAACACAAACCAACGAACCCUCUGAGGCAGCGGCAGACCAGCAACUCAUGUGGAAGGAUUCUGCAUAGAUAUCUCAAAAACUAUUGGAAGUGCUGCCAUAACAUUUGGUUCAGACAUUCAUUGUUACCAGAAGAUGAAUAUUAAUAACUUUGAUUCCCUGAUUCUUUGCAUGUGAGCAUGGCGACGUUAGCACUUAGCUCACAGCAAGGCUGUGCCAAAGUACAGCCUUGCUGAGCUGUUACGUGGCUGUAGACCACACAUUGACAAACUAAAUCCAAACUGCUCAAUCGUCUAACCGUUUUGGUUUUUCACAGCUUUGAAGUUUUGUAAACUCUGAAUCUUAUUCAGACUUACUUGAGCCCAUAAUUGUCCCCGAGCACCUUUAACUUUUGUUUUCCAACUUCAAAGGAAUCUUGGGUGAAUCUGACAAGAGACUUGCACUCAGUGGCCCCUUUUAUAAGGCACACCUCUACAAUCUAGUUUGUUUAUUUAUAUUUUCAAUGCAUAUCAGGAUCAACAGUUCAGUUUAUACAACUCAAGCCCCAUUUCUGGACAUGUAAAUGUACAUAAGUAAAUACCUCUAUACUUUGAUAGAGAGAUAGUGAUAGUCAUAAUAAAUAUUUGGUAAAAAAUACUUCCCAUAAUAAUGAUAUUAAGAAAGAAAUAAACCAAAUAGAAUAAAAUAAGCGAUAACAAUACUGAUAUUAAAAUCUAUGGAAAAGGUUAUUAGUUAAAAAACACAAUUUUUAUAAAUGAGUUAAUAAUGAAUAAACAAAACACAAUUUAAAGUAAAAGUGAAGUUUAACACUACUAUACUUUUCGAAAGGGUAUAAUGUUUUACAUGUAAACCCUGAGUUAACGUUUCCUAAAAACAACCACAGAAAACACAACAAAGAUAAACUCUCACAAGCUGCUCACCCGUAAGACACAAUGUAUGAAUCCAUAUUAAUGUACAUACCCCACUAAGACCAGAGAGAACAAGAGGAAUAAUAUCAUUUUGGAGCUCCAUAACAUGGUUAAAGAUAAAUCCUAAUUCUAAUUCUUUGUAUUAUAGACAUCAUAAAAGCAGAACAGUUGUCUGUACAGGUGUAAUUAAUAAAGGUGGCCACCAAGUGUA